AUGGUGUUCCAAAUAGUAAUUCUGAUGAUCUGCACCAUCUGCAUGAAGCACUACGCCAAAGGGGAGUUUCAACAAAGUCUGGCCAUAACCGACAUCCUUCCCGAGGACAUCAAGCGCUACGAUAAGAUGAGACCGCCGAAGAAAGAGGGUCAGCCGACUAUAGUCUACUUCCAUGUGACGGUGAUGGGUCUGGACUCCAUUGAUGAGAACUCGAUGACUUAUGUGGCGGAUGUGUUCUUUGCUCAGACAUGGAAGGAUCAUCGCCUGCGAUUGCCGGAGAAUAUGACACAGGAAUACCGAUUGUUGGAGGUGGACUGGCUGAAGAAUAUGUGGCGGCCGGAUUCGUUUUUCAAGAACGCCAAAUCGGUGACCUUUCAGACCAUGACCAUACCCAAUCACUAUAUGUGGCUGUACAAGGAUAAGACCAUUCUUUACAUGGUCAAGCUAACACUGAAGCUGUCCUGCAUCAUGAACUUUGCCAUUUAUCCUCAUGACACUCAGGAGUGCAAGCUGCAAAUGGAAAGCCUGUCACACACCACAGACGACUUGAUAUUCCAGUGGGAUCCCACCACGCCCCUUGUGGUGGACGAAAACAUCGAGCUGCCCCAGGUGGCCCUCAUUCGGAAUGAAACGGCGGAUUGCACCCAGGUUUAUUCCACGGGCAACUUCACCUGCCUGGAGGUGGUGUUCACUCUGAAGCGUCGUUUGGUGUACUACGUUUUCAACACCUACAUUCCCACCUGCAUGAUAGUCAUCAUGUCCUGGGUUUCCUUCUGGAUCAAACCGGAGGCGGCUCCAGCCCGGGUGACUCUGGGGGUCACCUCCUUGCUAACGCUUUCAACGCAACACGCCAAAUCGCAGUCGUCCUUGCCACCUGUUUCCUAUCUCAAGGCCGUGGACGCCUUUAUGUCCGUUUGCACGGUCUUCGUGUUCAUGGCCCUUAUGGAGUAUUGUCUAAUAAACAUCGUCCUGAGCGACACGCCCAUUCCCAAGCCGAUGGCCUAUCCACCCAAGCCCGUGGCGGGCGAUGGACCCAAAAAGGAGGGCGAGGGAGCUCCACCUGGGGGCAGCAACUCGGCGGCCAACAAGCAGCAAGCCACUAUGUUGCCACUGGCCGAUGAGAAAAUCGAGAAGAUUGAGAAGAUCUUUGACGAGAUGACCAAGAAUAGAAGGAUUGUGACCACCACACGCCGCGUGGUGCGUCCGCCCCUGGACGCCGAUGGUCCGUGGAUUCCGCGGCAGGAGUCGCGGAUAAUACUGACCCCGACUAUUGCCCCGCCGCCACCGCCCCCUCCGCCAGCGGCACCGGAACCGGAACUGCCCAAGCCGAAGCUCACACCCGCCCAGGAGCGGCUCAAGCGGGCUAUAUAUAUAGAUCGGUCAUCGCGCGUCCUUUUCCCCGCCCUCUUCGCCAGUCUGAAUGGCAUCUACUGGUGUGUGUUCUACGAGUAUCUAUAA